UGCGGUUCGAAGGAGCAAGAGAAGAUGCCGAAGCAAAUUCACGAUAUCAAGGAUUUCCUGCUUACUGCCAGAAGGAAGGAUGCACGAUCGGUCAGGAUAAAAAAGGGGAAAGAUGUGGUCAAGUUCAAGGUUCGGUGUUCCAAGUACCUUUACACCCUUUGUGUGUUUGAUUUGGAGAAAGCUGACAAGUUGAAGAAAUCUCUCCCUCCAGGUUUGAGUGUGCAAGAUCUGUGAAGGAGCACCACUCCGCAUCUGAAAUACUGUUUAUC